CGGGCGGGGCGCCGCGGUGGCGGCUCGGCCGGUCGGUCCCGCACGGCCCGGCGGCGGCGACUCGGCUGGCACCGGCACCGGCACCGCCACAGCCCUGCCGGCCACCGCCCGCUCCCCGCGGGCUCUUCCCUCCCAGCUCCCCUAGCCCGCUGCCCUCAGGGCCUCUUCCCUUCCCUCAGCCCCCCCACCUCACUCCCCCCUCCCCGCGGACCCCUCAGUUCCCCCCCGGUCAUUCCCUCUUCCCCCCCUCAGGAUCCCUCCUUACCCUCACAUCCCCCCGCACGCUGCGGGCCCCCCCGAGCGCCUUCCCCGCUAGGCCUGAAGCCCCCGCCCGCGGCCUCCCCCAUGGUGGGGUUCGGGGCGAACCGCCGGGGCGGCCGCCUGCCCUCGCUGGUGCUCGUGGCGCUGCUGGCCGUGAUCGCCGUGCUCGCCUUCCACUGCUGGAACGCGGCGUCGCGGCAGGCCCUGCUGCGGGAGGAGCUGGCCGAGCUGCAGAGCCAGGCCCAGCGCACCGAGGUGGCGCGGGGCCGCCUGGAGCGGCGCAACUCGGACCUGCUGGGCAAGGUGGACUCGCACAGGAAGCAGCUGGAGCAGAAGGAGGCGGACUACAGCCACCUGAGCAGCCAGCUGCAGGCCAGGGACGGCCAGGUGAAGAGGUGCGAGGACGGCAAGAUGAAGCUGCAGAACAACAUCUCGUAUCAGAUGGCAGACAUACAUCGGCUAAAGGAACAACUGGCAGAGUUACGGCAGGAGUUCAUUCGCCAGGAAGAUCAGCUGCACGAGUACAAGAAGAACAACACGUACCUGACGAGGAGGCUGGAGUAUGACAGCCUGCAGUGUGGGCAGCAGAUCAAGGAAAUGAGACUGCAGCAUGAAGAGAACAUCAAGAAAUUAAUGGACCAAAUUGCUCGGGAACAAAAGGCCACACAAAAAGUUCAGUCUAGUAAGGACACUGCAGUCAGCCCCAGCAAUGGUGAGCAGGCGGUUCCUGAGACCGUUGCAGAGGUGGAAGAUAAAGACAUAGUGAAGAAUGAGGAGCCUUCAGAACAUGUUGCAAAUGGCAAAGAGAAAAUCAAACCAGGAGGAGAUGCAGGCAUGCCUGAAAUAGAAGAUAAUGACCCUGCUAAAGCUGAAGAUACUCCCACUGCUUUAAAGAGGCCACUUAUUUCAGCUCCUAAAAGUGAAGGUCAUCAGCCUGUUAUCAAUCUUCCAACUGAACAGCCCCACGCUCCAAACCUGGCACCAGGUUUGCCCAGUGACAGUGAUGGAAAUGCUGACAUCGCCAAGCAGAUCCCUCCAAAUUCUCUCCAGCACUUGAAUUUUGAAGAAAAUGUGGAAGCCCAGAAAGAGCACAAGGUUGAGCCAGACCAGAUGAAAAUCCCAAAGAGCCGAGUUAGCGACUUGCAGAAGAUUAAGCAAAGCCGGUUCUUUGAUGAGAAUGAAUCCCCUGUGGACCCGCAGCAGGGUUCUAAACUGGCAGAUUAUAAUGGGGAUGAUGGGAACGUGGGUGAGUAUGAGGCAGACAAACAGGCCGAGCUGGCUUACAAUGAGGAAGAGGAUGGUGAUGGUGGAGAAGAAGACGUCCAAGAUGAUGAGGAGCGAGACCUGCAGAACGACCUGGGGGACUACAGCAAGUCCCGCCUGAACGAGGGGGUCCUGUAGGCCCCGGGCACAGAGGGCUCAACCCAGGAACCUGAGGUGCUGCAAAACUGGACCUGUUUUACUCCAGUGUUUCCUGCUUCCAGGGAAGCUGAGGAUCAAGUGCCGAGAGUGCUCAGCAGCAGGAGGAGAGGACCCCCUCUGUACAUAUGUACAUAUUUGUACUGUUGCAGGUUGUAUUAAACCCACAUCUUUGCUGUUACCUGGAGCUGGUUACUCAGCCUGGUGCUUACCUGUAAUAAUCUUUACACUCAAACCCAGUCUAUAAACACAGGCUGAACUGUUUCUGCCACUUCGAACCCUUGCAACCCAGAGAACUUGUACAGUUUGUACCUGAUGUAACAAAGCCACUGUGGAAGCCAUGUACAGCCAAGAACUCCUUUUCUACAGCCCCACCUGUGUGGCAGAGCUGCUGCUCCCGAGUGCUGGGGUUUGCACAGCAGUGAGAAUGCAAUGUCAGAGGGACUGGGAACUGAAUGGUUCAAUAACUGCUCCUUCCUCACUGCAACCCAGCACCACAUCCCACUGAACUUCUGUGCAGUGACCACAUCUCAUAGCUAGAGCUGCAAAUCUGUAGUAGGACUUGAAUAAUUCGAUACAUCCCAAAAAAAGUUGUGCAACUAAUGGCUUGAUUUAAAAGGUGAUAUAAAUAACUUGCAGCUUGUAGGAAAGCUUUGUGUUAAAGAGGGUAAGUGUGUCAGUGAGACACGUGUCCAGCAGCUGUGGCAGCCCCUCGAUGGAAGGACCAGCCCGUGCCCAGGUAAACACGCUGUGGGUGCUGGUGUGCUGUCCCAGAGUGUCCAUCCCAGCUCCAGCCACUCCAGUUCAUUUCCAGUUCGAUGCCCUGAGCCUGAACACCCAGCACAUCCCACGGUUUGGUUUCCUCCAUCAGAUCUGUAAGUCAGACCCUUUCCUGUAUUCUGUAUUCACUUUCAGAAUUGAUGGGGAUGAUUCCAUUGCUGUGCAGGGGUGGGAAUGAAGGGGAUUGUCCCCCCUGCUCCCCCGAGGGCUCCUGUGGACACAGGUGGAUGGCCCUGAUGAGGGUGAUUGAACUCAUCCCUGUGCUCUGGUGCUGGGCUGAAGUAUUGGGUCAGGUUUGCUCCUUGCCAGCUCAGUGAACCUCUUAAAUAAAGUUCAAUGCUUGUACAAUUAU